AUGUCAGAGUGGAACAGACAUCUGGCACCAUCUAUAUUCAGUGUAGUAGAGGAAAUGACCUUGGGCCAUAAGAAGUGGACUGAGGAGUGUACGGACACAGCUGCGCCGAGAAUUCACAGAGUGCAACAGCAACAAAUACAGUACCACCUCUCAGCAGUAACUCUCAUACAGUACCACCUCUUAGCAGCAAAUCACGUACAGUACCACCUCUCAGCAGCAGCUCACAUACAGUACCACCUCUCAGCAGGAAUUCACAUACUGUGCAACCUCUCAGCAGCAACUUACAUACUGUACCACCUCUCAGCAGGAAUUCACAUACAGUACCACCUCUCAGCAGCAGCUCACAUACAGUUCCACCUCUCAGCAGCAACUUACAUACUGUACCACCUCUCAGCAGGAAUUCACAUACAGUACCACCUCUCAGCAGCAGCUCACAUACAGUUCCACCUCUCAGUAGCAACUCACAUACAGUACCACCUCUCAGCAGCAACUCACAUACAGUACCACAUCUCAGCAGCAACUCACAUACAGUACCACCUCUCAGUAGCAACUCACAUACAGUACCACAUCUCAGCAGGAACUCACAUACAGUACCACCUCUCAGCAGCAACUCAUAUACAGUACCACCUCUCAGUAGCAACUCACAUACAGUACCACCUCUCAGCAGCAACUCACAUACAGUACCACCUCUCAGCAGCAACUCACAUACAGUACCACAUCUCAGCAGCAACUCACAUACAGUACCACCUCUCAGUAGCAACUCACAUACAGUACCACAUCUCAGCAGGAAUUCACAUACAGUACCACCUCUCAGCAGCAACUCACAUACAGUACCACCUCUCAGUAGCAACUCAUAUACAGUACCACUUCUUAGCGGCAACUCACAUACCACCAACUGUACCGCCUUGA